AUGCCACUUUUGUGUUUAGUCAAUAAUUGUAGUAACUCCUACAUUUUAACCAAAGAAAAAAAAAUUAAAUUGUUUCAGAUUACUGAAGAUUUAACUCUGUAAAUAUAUAAUUUAGAAUAAACAUAAUAAAUUAUUUUAAAAUUGUAUGUUACAAUCUUUGGUUUUGAUAUAUUUUAGUUAUAAACACUGGUUAUCGAACUGUGGAAGACAAGACUUAAGUGAAUUGCCAAUUGACGUUCUUCAUAAUUAUUAUAGGAUUUGUCCGAACCAUUUUAAAGAAAACAUGUUUACUAACAAUGAAAAAACAACAUUAUUACCAGGUGCUAUACCUACUGAAUUUGGUAAGGAUCUUUAUUUAGUAAAUUUUUUUUUAUUAUAAAAUAUUUGUUUAUUUAUUCAUAUAAAUCAAUGCUAUUCAGAUUUUUAUAAUAAUAUACAAGAAAUAUUAAUGAAAAACUUUAAUUACACAAAUUAAUAAGUUAAGAGGACGCUAUAUUAUAGGCAUGCGCUGUUUUCAUCUUACUACCGUGUGACAUAGCAAAUUUUUCUUCAGCAGGAACAACACUGUACGGAUAAUUUUAAUAUUAUAGUGAAUUCACAUUUGACCUAGUAUUAAACUAAAAGACAAAAAUAUUAUCCGUGCUAUUAAUAGUUUUAGAUUCUGAGUGAAGUAAAGAAGCUUAUGGUUUUACAAAGAUGUUUGUUUUAUUAUAUUUUUUCCAUAGACAACUUUUCUAUCAGAGAUCUUGCUCUGAUUUUUAAGUGUAGCACCUUUUCUGAAAAGAAAUCGGUGUGAAGAGGUACUUCUUCUUCCUCGAACAGGUCUUUUUUCGAUUUUCCCAAGAGUUUCCCAGUAAAUGUGAAAAACCAGGAAAAACAUGUGAAAACAGGGAAAAACGUAGGGAAAAUCCGUACAAUAUUAAACAAAUAUUAUUAAAGAAUAUAUAUGAUAUCUAUUUAAUUAUUUUAGCAUAAUAUGACAUACAUAUUGUUGAAAAAGCAUCAGUAUCAGCUGAACUCCGAUCAGAAGCAUUUUUUCAUUAGCAAUGGUUUAUCGUUACUUACAGAUAUACAUUAAAUUCCAUUCUGCAUCCUACCUCCCCAACAUCCCACCUAUUACAGUGACUGCUCCCAUCAUGCGAAGUAUGUCCGUUUUUUUUAUAAUUUAUUUCCAUAUUUUCAUACUAUGACUCAUCAAUUUUAUUAUAUGAUUUACACUCUUGUACACUCUUGUACAUCUCUCUUCCAUUUAAAAAUAUAGAUUACAAAACUUUUCCUAUUUAUAUAACUAUCUUGGAAUACCUUUUUUUUUCAUAAUUUAAAUUUUUAAGCGAAAUUUAAGGCUUUUUAAAUCGUAAUAGAUAUAUUUUACACACUCAUAUUAUCUCACUUAAAAAUUCAAAUCACGAAAAAUAUUACACAGAUAAUGUUCUUAUCUUUAAGUUUGGUAAUAUAUUAAUAUGUCAAUUCACUUAAAUAUUAAAACUACUGACAGGAGUUAUUCCUGCUGAACGAAAGUUUGCUACGAAGACAGAAAAUGUGAAAAUAAUAGAACCAAAAUAUAUUUUAGCUGAAACAACUUUUAUCAACUUGUACGCAAAUUUUUUUUUCAUAUAAAAAAAUUUUCUCAAGUUCUCUAAAGAAGAUCUUUUAUUGUUUUGGAAGAUUGCUGAUGAAUCUUAAUUUUUAAACAGAAAAUGUUAAAUAAGAAGACUGAAAGUUGAUAACUGUAAUAUAAAUUUGAAAAUCUUCCAUUAUAAUUAUGACAAAUAAAACAUAAUUAACAGCUACAGCAUGUCACUAUUGUGUUAUUAUUUAUGGUGGUAACCAGUCAUUAUCACAUAUUUUUUUUAUUGUUAGCUGUAAUAUUUUUAGAAGAAUGGAUUUUAGAACAAGCGUCUAGCGACAGGGAAUCCGAAUGGCUACAAAAUGGCUGAUUUCGUUAUUAUUAUUAGUUAUCACCGAUUUUAUCAUCAGUUCUUUAAUUCUUAUUCAAAAUCAUGAUGAAUAAAACUAAUAACAUUAAUAAUUGGGUAAUAAAUAUUAAUAUUAGUACUACUGUUAAUGCUGCCAUAUACUUAACCUUAAUAUAUAGGUUAAGAAAAUAGAAUACACACUUUAUUAAAAAUUCUGUAAUCAUUUUGUUUUAUAAAAUAAAGUAAACAAUAAUUGAUUUAAAUUAUCUUAGUCUAUAAUCAAUAAACAUACCUUUUAGGUAAUAAUAGGUAAAUAUAUUAAACUAAACUAUAUUCCUUAUUAAUAUUUAAAACUUAGCUACAUGCCUCCAUAUCAUAAGUACAAAACUAUAGAAAUAGAGGUAUUAUAGGUACUUAUAUUGGUAAUAUACACAAAUCAAUUGCACUCAAAAACGUUAUAACGCAGAAUUAUAUUGUUAUGUAUCUAUUCUGUAUAAUUUGUAUCAUUUAAACAUUUGUGUAUAUUUAUUGUGGACAUAAGCAAAUGUAAAUACCUUUAUAAUUUAAAAUAUUAAAGAAAACUAUUAGUAAUGAACGAAGAACAAAUGUAGGAAGGUGAAAAAAAAGAAAAACAUAUUUUUUUAAAAUAUUGAAAUAUUUCACAGAUUUGAAAUAUUUGAUAUUGAUGACAAUUUUAAACACUAGAAAUAAGGUAAUGAAUCAUAGACCUUAAACUAAUAGACUGACCUUGUUUAUAGAGUAGCUGAGGUACUUAGUAACCGGUCAGACAUACUACAGUGGUGUACAGUAUAAUCACAUCAGUUUUGUCAUUGUAUGCGUAGUACAAUGUACAAUAAUACCACGUAAAAGUCAUAAGUCACGUGUAAAAAGUGCCGUUGGGUUAGGAUAGGUUACCUAUUCUUCUCUACACUCGACUGUUCUACGUAUACAAAAGGCUCGUCAAUGUAUUAAUAUAAGAUCUAUGUAAGGAAUAUAUUUUUGAAAAGAAAGUGAUAAUAAAAUCGGUGAUAACUGAUAAUGAUAACGAAGUCGGCCAUUUUGCAACCAUUCGGAUUCCUUGUCGUUACUUGAUGCUUGUAAUUUCCGAUACUUUCAACUUAAUUAAUAUUAGGCCAAAAUAUUUCUCGCAUAAAUACUGUAUGACAAAAGUAAGUUUCUUCUGAUUAAUUGUUUGUCUUUUAAUAUUCUAUCUAUAUUAUAAAAACUAAAAGAUUAUAGAUAAAAUAAACGAAUAUGCAAAGCCUAUAGUUUCUACAGGUACAAUAGGUAUUUAACAAUACAUUUUUUAUUUAAGAUUAUUUGCAUAUAUAAUACCAUCAUAGACAAAUUUUAUAAAUUAAAUUAUUCAAUUGUAGAUAUUGAACCUUCAGAUUUUCAUGGUACUUCCAAUCCAAGUACAAGAAAACAUCGCAGCAAAAUGAAUCCCAAAACAGUAGGAGAUUUGUCACCAAGUCAUUUUACUUCUGAGGAAAAGAGAAAAAAAUACGUGGACAUGAUUAAGCAAAAAUAUAAGGAAAAACAAGUUGAAAAUGCAAAUCUAAAAAAACAGGUUAGGUAUCUUGAAAGAAGGCUCAUUGCUUAUCAAGGUGUAUUUCAGUUUUAA